AUUUGAAUCUUUGCCAAGAAACAUAUAUAACUACACUCUAAGCCAGUCUAUCUAUCAGGGUUCUAUAUCUGUUUCUUUUCAUUGUCUAUAUCAUUUUGUGUCCUUUUGCAUAUAUAAUUGGCUGCAAACCCUCCUGCUUCCACCUCUCCGCGAGCGAGACAUUUUUCAACAUCUUGCGAGGAACUAACAGAUUUUUUUUCUUCGUUUUGAUCGUCGACGUGUUUGUGGGUGUUAUAGUGGCCGAAACAUCAUCUUCCGAACGUUCGCGGAUUUGUUAGCCUGCCGCUCUUUAGUUGCGUGUGUGCUUUUAUUUCGGUUUUGCAUUGAUAGUCUAGCAUCUGGUAUGAGGCACACCUCAGUAUAAAGAGACUCUGCGAAGAUCGCAAAGGCAUUGAUUUCCAUCUCUCAACUCGCACAACUGAGAGAUAUGAUUGCCCUAGUUUUGGCAAUUCUUUGCCAGACGAUAAACGCCAGCUCCGCCAUCCCCGCGCUUCAUGCAAAACGGAACAUCACGGUCUUGGGAGGCGUAGAACACCGAAGUGUAGCUCUCAGGGUACUCCCUCUUGGCGACAGCAUCACCAAUGGUGUAGGUAGCUCGGACGGAAACGGUUAUCGUCACGUCUUUGUGGAAUUGGCCGAAGCAGGAGGGCCAGUCACGAUGAUUGGGUCCCACAAUGGGACAGGAGUCAUGCCGGAAAAUGAAGAAGAAGGUUGGAAUGGCUUUACCAUCGAUCAGAUCUCUCAAAAGGCAACGAAUGCACUCAAGGCAAAACCAAACCUUGUGCUCCUGCUCGCUGGAACGAACAACAUGAACAACGCAUCCCAAGCCGCGACCGCUCCAGCCGAAAUGAGCAAUUUACUAGGCAAGGUUAUUGCUGGAAGUCCUAGAGCAGUGGUAUUAGUUGGCACCAUAUUGCCCUCAACGCAGCCUGGGAGACAAUCGCUGAAUGAUCAAUACAACAGCGCUCUGCAGCAAAUAGUAAAAGACGGCCAAAGUACCGGAAAACGCGUCCUGCUUGUGCCCACAGGCUCCGCUGUUGAUCCGGACGAGCUCGUUGACGGCAUUCAUCCUAAUGACGCGGGAUAUGAUAAGAUGGCCAUUGCUUGGAUCCAGGGUGUCAAUACUGCUCAAGACCAAGGUUGGUUUGAAGCGCCAGAACCUGGUGAUGGCUACGUUGAGCCGUCAAGCAGGGCCAGCAGAUUAGACACUAACGGCGUAUUAUGGUGGCAUUGCAGUUUGGUCCUUGUGACGCUCAUUGCCAAAGACAUGUACGACAAUACACUACGGUCGAAUGGGUAGUUCGGACAUAUAUUAGGAUGCUCAACAUCCUAAGCUCAAGCUGCC